CUCCGCUGACUGUGAAACGGCUCACAGCGCCGCAGCCCCCCUCCACGCUCCGGAGCCUCUUACGAGGCUCCUUCUGCAGUUGGAGGGCUGCUCUUGGCGCCCGCCGAGCCUCAGGACCCCAGGCUCUUGCUGCCUGGGGUUUUUCUCGUUGGGUCUCCGCUUCGCCGUAGCGGACGACCCGGUUUCAGCGGAGCUUCUUCUCCGGUCGGGAGAAGACCGCCAUUACCGUUCGCGCCGCCCCCCGGAAGUCGCAUCACAGAACUAAUAAAGCAGAAUGAGGUGUGGACAGUCCAAUAUAUAAUCUCCCUGCUCAUGCAUUAUUAUUCCAUCAAUGACAUCUUGCAGAAGACUCCCGCAAAAGAACCCACCACUCUGGCGAGGACUGCUCCACGUGAGGGCAUAAACCAUUCUGCUAUAAAUAUACAGUAUACACAAAUAAAUCGAAAUUUAUUACAGCUGUAUGGCACUGAACCCGGGACUCCCACCUUUUAAACGGGUUUUUUACAGACUUUAACAGCUGUAUGUCAGGCAGAAAACCAACACGAGCUUCUCCUGGCACGAAGAUACAUUGGGGAGGAAAACUGCUCCUGGUGAUGAUGUUGAUGAACUUGUAAUUGUACUUGUUAUUACUCUGUCCGUAUAAAAAGUGGCAACCCUAAACUGGAACACCGGCGCCUUACACCUCUCGUACAUUUACACAUACAGAAUAGGGGAUCUUCGUGGGCGUGUUUAAAAGCAUGCGCGCCGCAGGGGGGGGGGGGGAAUCGAUGAUUCGGUACUCGCACCCCUUCGCCUAGCUCGCGAGCGCGCGGCGGUCAAUCCUAAGGGCGGAAAGCGGCGGAAGACGCGUCCCUGCUUCGUUUUGUGUUGUUCACUGAAGAUUCGGGGAUCGAUUAAGUCGCCGACGCUUUGCCUUAGAUUAAGCUCGCGCUAGCGAGUCCCUUUUCGAAGGAAAAGAGCCCCGCGUCCUAUUCGGCCGGCGGCGCGCGCAGUCCAACGUCGUGCGGCGCAGGGCGGACGGAAGCGAGGGACGAGUCCUCACAGCAAGAGCGUCAGCUGACUGACUGGAGCCGCGCUCGGGGCGAAGGCUGCGGCUUCAACCCGAGGCGAGGGCGCGUCCGCGAGGGCCGCCCGGACCCCACCUCUCGCGAUGCUGCGGUGGCUCAUAGGAGGGGGACGCGAGCCGCAGGGAUUGGCCGAGGUAAAAGGGGCGGUUGGUGUGGGCGCUUGUGAGGGACUCUCGAGUCUCAUUUCGGAGCCCUGCGCGCCGCGAAGGCAGCAAGCAGCUCUUGCUCAAUGUAUUGCUGGGUGGAGAAAGGGCCGCUUCCUCAAAUGACGCGUUCAAAACACGAACGCUUAAUAAUACUGCGUGGGCGCUUGUUGUUUUCCUCCGAUAGUCUUUUUGCAGUGAUGAUAAUAAUUAAUUUGGGGAUGCCUAUAUUAUUAGUGUGCAUAGAUUAAGACCAGUCUUGGUGGGUUCAGAUUACCAACAGUAUAUCAGAAUUUAAGCUAUUAUAAAAGAAUUGCUUCCAGUAUUGCCUCCCACAGUGGCCAGUCAGAGAUGCCUGUGAUGUUCACAAGUAGCACAUGGUAAAUGUAGUCAUUUAGUGUUUGCUCUCUGGCAAUUAGGCAUACUUUCUCUAGACGUGGAAUUUUCCUUUUAGCUAUGAUAGAUAAGUCAUUUGUAGAGUACUGUAAUUCUCCAUGAAGCGAAGCCUGCUUCUUAAAAGAAUCCAUCUGUGCUAAUUUGCAUCACAACAUUCUGAGGUAAUGUUCCUUUACUCAAGUCAGCCUUGUAAAAUCAAAGCAUUUACUAGCUGCCUCCACCCCACCCCAAUGUAUUAGUCUGCUGAGGACUAGCAGAGGAGGGAUUUUGCUGGCAGCCCAUUUGGUUUCUAUACUGAUCACAGAGGAGGGAUGGAGCACUUCAUUCCUUUCUUACUGCACAAAAUUCUAGGUACUUGUCCACAUACAGUGCCUUAAUGUUUAUCACUGGACAGCAAUAAGUAUGCUUAUUAUUGCUGGUGCUUAAAUACAAGACUGAGUUAAGGAUGUGUUCCGGUGGGGGCACUUGGUUUUGUUUAUAACCUAUCACUAAUCAAAUGAAUUGAUGGCCUGAGCUCUAUUGGAAAAGAUACAGAAAAUAAAGACAUUUAUAUAUUGAUACCAUUUCUAAUAAAUCUUAAUGUAUUUCUGAAGAAAUUAUGUUAUGUUUUUUCUUUGUCCUUCCCCAACUAAAAACCACUGAUUUGUUAAACUUUUCUUCCUAAAGAAGAUGCUUCUCACCCCUUGAUCAUUUUAGUUACCAUGUUCUGUAAUUUACCGUACCUAAAUGUGAUAACCUUUCUGAGACUGAGCAACAGGAACUGCAUUCCAAAUGUGGGUAUAUAUAUAAUGACAAUAUUUCAUAGAAUUGUAGAAUUGUAGAGUUGGAUGGGGCCCCAAGGGUCAUCUAGUCCAACCCCCUGCAAUGUACGAAUCUCACUUAAGGCGUCCAUGACAGAUGGCCAUCCAACCUCUGCUUAAAACCUCCAUGGAAUCAUUAUAUUUAUAUAUAAUUAUUGCAUGCAUAUGUAAUGGCAAACCAUGACUUGGCAUCAUGAGCAUAACGUGUGAGGGGAGAUCAGAAACUCUGGAUUUCAGUUUGCAGCAAACCAUAGUUUGCAGUUAUGUCUAAACCUGGCAAACAUGGAUCUCAAAGCCAUGUUUGAGUAACAGCUUUCUGGGUUUGGCCAAAUUGACAACUGAUUUUCUACAGAGAAAGGGUAAAGGGUCAGUGGAAGUCUGAUGCUGCUUGUGAUCAUAAUGUCAAACCACCGUAUCAAGAUACUGGCUGCAUUUGGAUUGGUAUUAAGAUAUUGAGCUGGUUUGCAUGUAAAGCUAAGCCAAACUUAGUGUGAACAGAUGUAUUCAUGGAGAGGAGACUGACUGUUUUGCUCCUCCAGGCCUGCUGCUGCUGCAACACUGCUGUGAGCAAAUACAUGGUUUGGUUUAGUGUGUUGUCUGAAUCCAGGCUUGUGGUUUAUCACAACAGUUGUGAUCUCUCUGAGAACCGCCAUGCUCAUGCAUUCAUGCUAAGCUAUGGUUUGGCUAGCAGUAUGUGAAAACCAGUUCAGUGGCCGCGUUUGGGUGAUCAGAUAAUAUGAAAAUUGAACAAGUUUCAUGUGCCUGCAUUCAGCUGCUUUGUAUGGUAAGUGAACAGAACUAUAAAGUUUGCUGAGUCCCCGCUACCAGUUCCCCUUUUUAAUCAUAUUUGGUACAGUAUAAGACCCCUUACCUCAUCCAGCAGUAACACAUGGCAUAUUGGUUCCUUCCUCCAGGAUAAAAUGCUGGAGGGAUAGCUGCUUUAUAGUUAGCACCAUAGUUAGAAUUUUAAAGCUAUCACACUGUGGAGGAUUAUUGAAGAAUAAAUCAUAUUGCAAAAAAGAAAACAAGUAAUUAGAAACAUCUGUUGAUGAGCUAGAGAGAUUAAGAUAACAAAUUUGUUGAUUUACAGUUUUAUUUUUCUGACUUUGUGGAUUUCUAGAAAUCUGUACAGACCAUUGGCGAAGAACAAACACAAAAUCCCUACACUGAGCUGCUUGUGCUGAAAGGUCAUCAUGAUAUAGUGCGGUUUCUAGUGCCAAUAGAUGAUUACAGGUAAUACAUUACUUUCAUAACCUCCUUUUGCACCAUAGGGAUGAUUUCGCUGAAAGUCUUAAAAAUUGAAUCUUCUGUUUCUUUUCCUCAGAACUGAAGAAUAUAUGACAGGUAGCUUAGAUCUAGGGUGUACAUUGGGAAGGGGAAUCUUUGCAAAACUUUUAGGUGAAAUCUAAUUAAAAUAUGCCCCCCACUGAUUUUGACUUAAAUAGUAUUUUUUGCCAAAGUAUUGGCAGUUUACAUACUAAAGCUUAAUGCGUGAGUGAGCCAUUUAUUACAGAAAUUACAUUACAUAUUUUCUCUCAGUGCAGUACUGAGCCAGUUUUUAGGCGCUCAAUCAUCAGUGAUUUACCUUUGGUUGCAACUUCUUUAUACUUCAUGUGACACAGUAAUGUCAGAAAAAAUUAUCCCAUAACCGCCAUAAAUAUUGUUGGAGUUUGGUGCCUUUUAGUGCAUUCCCUUUAAUAUAAAGUUUUACACUGAGAAAACUAUCUUCAUUAUUAUAUUUUUUUAUUAAUAUACUCCUUGUAUGCCAAAAUGGCUACUAAGUAGUUACAUCUUCGCAUUCAGAUGUAAAGCUACAUGCACAAGCAAACAUGAGAAGAGCUGAGCCUUAGGCUUGUGUACUUCCUUUUCUCUCUCUUUCCCACUUCCUUCUCCUUGCACUUCAUGGCUUCUUAGCUGACUUCCCGUUGUCACCAAGCAGCUUGAAAUAUAUCUAAAAAUAUGGGGAAAAUGCAAAGCUGGUUCAAAAUACUGGGUGUUUUAUACUCAGAUUACCAAAAUGUUGUAUAUGUACCGAGAAAAAAAUAAUGCAUUUAUCUAAUAUAAGCAGUAAAAUAAUUCUUAUUCUUUGACUAGUUUAAUUUGGUAGGUAUUCCAACUUUUUAAAUCUUUUGCGUGCAUAUAGUCAUUAAGAACAUUGUUUUAACCAGGCACCACCACCUUGUUUGAUUCUUUCCAAUAGCAUUAGCAUUGUUACUUGGUUUCUGAAAUGGUUUUAUUUAGUUUUCAUAGUUUUUUCAUUGCAUUUUUGUCGACUGUUGUAAGCCAGGUUUCACGCUUCAGCUCUUUAGAUAAUAUCAUCUUAUUGAGAAUUUUGCAGAAGGAUUUUCUUGUUUUCUCGGUGGCUCAGCUAAAACCAGUGAGUGGAAAAUUUUCUCAGAUUGGUUUCUGAAGAUACUAAAUAAAUCCUGUAUCAACCUAACCGACAGCUGCUUUUCACUUCUUUUCUUUUGUGUUUUUGAACAUGAAGAGAGGGUCAUAUUGAUUGCAAGAUCACUAAAGAAGGCUAAGCCUCAGCAAGAGUCUUCCAAAAAAUGGAAUGAGAUAAAAUUGCAAGUAAUACUCUAGCAUUUGACACAUUAAACUAGACUGAAUUCAUAACACACUUUAAGAAUAGCUUUUUCUGUUGCUCGUUUGACCAUUUCUUGCUCCUCCAGGAAGCAGACAAGGUUAUAGAGGAUGGUGAUCAUGACUGGAAAAGAAUCAGGUGACCCAUGAAACACCAGCUUGGUGAAAAGAAUCCAUUUGUUGGAUUGGUAGUUCAGCUAUGAGCCCUCCAUGUGAAAUCCUGGGCUUCAUAUUUCAGACUAUUUUAAAGACUGUGGUUCAUUUUUGAAUUGAGAUAUUAAUAAUAAUAAUAAAAAAAUAACAAAAAUAACAACAAUAACUUAUUACUGUAUUUUUCGCCCUAUAAGACGCACUAUUUCCCCUCCAAAAAUAGCCACCUCCCGCAAAAGCAGGAAGAAGGUCUUGGAGUAGUGCACAGGCACUAUGGGCCAGUGCGUCCUAUAGGGCGAAAAAUAUGGUAUUUAUACCCCAGCCACUCUGGGCGGCUUCCAACAAAAUAUUAAAAUACAGUGGUCUGUUAAACAUUAAAAGCUUCUCUAAACAGGGCUGCCUUCAGAUGACUUCUAAAAGUCUGGUAGUUGUUCUUCUCUUUGACAUCUGGUGGGAGGGCGUUCCACAGAGUGGGUGCCACUAGCGAGAACGCCUUCUGCCUGGUUCCCUGUAACUUGGCUUCUCGCAGUGAGGGAACCGCCAGAAGGCUCUCAGAGCUGGACCUCAGUGUCCGGGCAGAACGAUGGGGGUGGAGAUGCUCCUUCAGGUAUACUGGACCGAGGCCAUUUAGGGCUUUAAAGGUCAGCACCAACACUUUGAAUUGUGCUUGGAAACGUAAUGGGAGCCAAUGUAGAUCUUUGAAGACCGGUGUUAUGUGGUCUCGGCGGCCGCUCCCAGUCACCAGUCUAGCUGCCGCAUUCUGGAUUAGUUGUAGUUUCCAGGUCACCUUCAAAGGUAGCCCCACAUAGAGCGCAUUGCAGUAAUCCAAGCGAGAGAUAACUAGAGCAUGUACCACUCUGGCAGUUAGGGUCUCAGCCUGCGUACCAGAUGGAGCUGGUAAACAGCUGCCCUGGACACAGAAUUGACCUGCACCUCCAUGGACAGCUGUGAGUCCAAAAUUACUCCUAGGCAGCGCACCUGGUCCUUCAGGGGCACAGUUACCCCAUUCAGGACCAGGGAGUCCUCCACGCUUGCCCACCUCCUGUCCCCCCAAAACAGUACUUCUGUCUUGUCAGGAUUCAACCUCAAUCCAUUAGCCACCAUCCACCCUCCAACUGCCUCCACAGGACCUCACAGAGGACAUUCACCGCCUUCACUGCAUAAUUGAAAACUGUUUUUAAUUUUGAAGAUUUAGACAUUUUUAGGAACAGCUUCCACUAAAAUCAUGUUUUCAUGUGUUUUUGCCCCGUGCUUAUCUGUGAGAUAAUUUAAAGAAUGGUUAGUGGUAACAUUUUCUAUUCUUUUUGUUUCUAUAUAAAUGUAGCAUUUCCUUUAUAUAUAUGUAUCUAAUUUUUGAUUUGUUGUUUCCCAGGUUUGCAUCUGCUGGUGAUGAUGGGAUUGUAUGUUUGUGGAAUGCUCAGGUUUGUUUAUGUUCAGAAAUGCAUUGCAUACAGAUGAAAAUUAGGUGAAGUUUAAAUUGGAGCUAUUCCAUUACACAUGAGCUAUCUAAAUAUAAAGUUAGUUAUUAAAGAUAACUGGAUAAUAAAAAAGGUCACAGAAGCAGUUGUUCAAACUUAAAAACUCCAUUUUGUAAAUAAUCUUGAAUGACCCUACUGAGUUUUUUAUCUAAUUCUCAUUAGAAAAGUUGGAGACAAAAUUGACUUUCAAAUUUUCAGUUUCUAGAUAGAUUUAUUUAUUGCGGCCAUUGGCCCAUAUUGAAAACAAUACAUCAGAAUUUAUCCAUAAACAAUACAAUUUAAACAGUUCCAAGUUAAAACACCCUUAUAAAACCGAUUUUACUUUAGUUAAGUAAACACUAUACACAAUAAGCUCCCUCUAUGUAAUAUUUAUAUUUUGACAUCUUCCUGUGAAACUAAGGUAAUGUCCCUGCAAUAAUAGUAUAAUUGCAUGUUUUGUGACAUUAUCCUGACAUAGAAUUGCGUAUAUUAUGUGCUAAGCAUUUAUUUCCUGACUUAGCAGUUAUCUAGGUUGCUCUAUAACUAUCUGAAAGAUAAAGGAUAAAGUAAAUGUGUGUGUAAGAGAGAGAAAUGUUUUAAAGCUUUUAGUACUUGUGAUAUGUUUCCUUAAUACUGGACUGUUCACUAACACAGAAAAUGUCUAGAAGGAUGCUGAAUUUUAUAAAAAUUGAGAUUUUGAAUUAUGUACAUGCUAGGGCUGGGCGAUAUAGCGAUAUAUCAUCCAAAACUGGUUUGAAGUUCACAUCAUGAUAAUUGAUUCUUAAUAUUUGAGCUAGCAAUAAAUGGCGAAUCACAAUGUGUGCAAUGGCAGCAGCACAAACAGUGGCGGCCUGCGAGGCCUUGUGGUGGUGAUAGCGAUGGCAGUAGCAGCAGCGACCGGCGAGGACUCAGUGGCAGUGAUGGGAGGCAGCGGCAGCAGUGGUGGCGGCCUUUGAGACCUUGCAGCGGCAACAGAAGAUGGUGGCAAUAGUAGAGGCAGCCUGCAAGACCAUGUGGCAACACAAGCAGUGGGGCUUGCAAAACCUUGCCGUGGUAGAAAGAAGUGGCAGCAGCCUGCAAGUCCUCCUGGUGGUAGUGGGAGGCAGUGGCAGUCUGCCUCAGCAAGGCCUUGAAGGCCACCUAUUCUUCUGCUACCGUCUCCUGCUGCCACUGCUACUGCCACCACCACGACAAGGCCUCGCAGGUGAUGCUGCUUCUGCCACCUAGCAGGCCUGCUGGCAGUCUUGACAGUCCCAAAUUAUUUGUAUUCACAAAUUAUUUGUAUUCAUCACUGUACUUUGGAUUGUCAUGAAUACCACCAUUUGGUAGCCAAGCCCCGAACCAAAGUCUCAUUUGGAUUCAUUUUGGCUUGCCUACUGCUGAAAGUGACCAUAAAGUGAUUGAUAAUAUCAUCAUUUAUCAGUUUUAGACCCAUAAGUAGUAGCAGUUGCCAGGACAUUGUUCUGUUUGCCUCUGCAUGGUUUCUUCCUUAUUUCAGAUAUUGUGAUAUAUCGAUAUAUCACAAUGUUUAGCUGGUGAUAUAUUGUGACAUUGAAACCAGUUAUCGCCCAGCCCUAGUACAUGCUUUAGUCCAUAAUUCCAUGCCAAGUUCCUGACCUUAUUUCAAUGCAGAAGUUUUAGUGUCAGUUAGGACUGUUACCUUCUUGAAAUCGUUAAUUUAUUUAUUUAUUUAAAAUGUUUAUAAGCCACAUAAUACUUUAAAAAUCUCUAAGCAGCCUGCAACAUAAAAACAGUAAGUGGUACGAAAAUGAAGAAAAUACAACAUAAAACCAGUAAAAGCAGUAUUUCCAGUUACACAUUGCUCCAUUAAAUCACAUCCCAGUGGAUUAUGCUGUUAUGUGCAUUGGUCUAUAACAUUUUAUUUCAUUCAGAUCAUUAAGAUGUCUUUUUUGUUUUCCAGACUGGAGAAAAGCUAUUUGAGCUACAUGCACAUACACAAAAGAUUACUGCUCUUGCAUCUUUUCCUCUAUCAGAUACUUGUGAAGAAAAAUGUCACUUGAUCUUGACAGCAGGUGCUGAUAGAACUGUUAUUGUAUCCUUUAAUCUGACCCAGACCCCAACUCUUUGUGGGAGGGAGAUGUGCUGCUGGUACUCCUUUCCCGCCAACAUUUGUGUGGCGGGUGACAGUGGUGGACCUUGGGGCCUCAAAUUUCAGUGGCACCCUAUGCUACAUCCCUAUCUGGACAGGGAUAGCCUAACUACUGUUGUCUAUGCUCUGGUAACCUCAAGGUUAGAUUCCUUCCAAUGCAUUAUAUGUAGGGCUGCCUCUGAAAAUGGUCCGGAAACUUCAGCUAGUGCAGAAUUCAGCGGCCAGGUUGCUCACCGGAGCAAGACUGUUUGAGCAUAUUACACUGAUCCUAGUCCUACUACAAUGGCUACCAAUUAGUUUCCAGGCCCAGUUCAAAGUGCUGGUUUUGACCUACAAAGCCUUAAGUGACUCAGGACCACAAUACCUCAAGAACCACCUCUUUCCAUAUGAACCUACCUGGACCCUGACUCAUCUGAGGUCCUUCUUCAUGUGUCGCCUCCUUAAGCGGUCCGGAGGGUGGCAAUAGGAGAACGAGCCUUCUCUGCAGUGGCUCCCUGUCUGUGGAAUGCUCUAGGCAAAAACAUUCCUUUUUAACCAGGACUUUGGUUGAUCUGAUUGACAUCCUAUGCCCUUUUAAAAAUGUGGCUCUUUUGGGGGGGUGUUAUUGGGUUGUUGUUUUUAUUUUGAGUAUUUGUAUUGUGGUUUUUAUGUAGAUCCACCCUGAGACUUCUGGGCAUAGGUCGGUAUAAUAAUAAUAAUAAUAAUAAUAAAUAAUACACUUGUGCGUGUGCAUCUCCAUUUCUAUAGUUCUGCCUUUGAAUAUGGAUACAUGCCUUAAACUUGUAGUCUUGAGAUCCUUAAUGAAUGAAACCAGGUUUGGGAUUGUGACAAUGGUAGGCAAGUUCAUAAAGUAUCCUGCUUUCAUUCCACAGUAAAGGUAAGAAAAAUGAAACUGGCUUUGAUUUGUGUGUACUGAUUGUGGCAGUUAAGGGGCAAUUCAUGUGAUUUGCAAAUCUGAGGUAUUUUUAUUUAUUUAAAAGCAUGCACCCUGCUAGGGCUGAGCAAUGUCGGGUUUUCAACAUUGUGAUAUAUUACCAGCUUAACAUUGCAAUAUAUCUAUAUCAUGAUGUCUGAAAUAAGGAUGGAACUAUGUAGAGGUAAAGCCCUGGCAACUGCUACUACUUAGGGUUCUAAAACUGAUACACUUUACUUAACUUUAACAUAUGGUGUUACAGCUGUUAUUUUAUAGUACAGAGCAACGGGUGGCAGGAAUCAUGAGAGAAGGGAUGACUGGCUUCACAGUUUUUCCCACAUUACCAUUCUUUUACAUAGUACACACAUUGUACAGUGGUACCUUGGGUUACAAAAACCUUGGGUUACAAACACUUCGGGUUACAGACUCCACUAACCCGGAAGUAGUACCUCAGGUUAAGAACUUUGCCACAGGAUGAGAACAGAAAUCAUGUGCUGGUGGCACAGCAGCAGUGGGAGGCCCCAUUAGCUAAAGUGGUACCUCAGGUUAAGAACAGUUUCAGGUUAAGAACGGAAACAAAUUAAGUUCGUAACCAGAGGUACCACUGUAAUUUCCCAUGUCAAAUAUUAUGAAACCAUUACCACAAUAUGGACUUAACAGAUUUCGGAUGAUGUAUCGAUACAUCACCCACCCUGCUUGACUUCGUAAAAUAAACUCCAGUGUAUCCAGUGAUGUAGCUCAGCUGACAGUAAAGCUUCCAUCAGUGGAAAAGGUAGGGAAUUUUUUGUUGUUCUGUCUGCCCUCUUCUUGUCUUCAUGUCUCAGAGCUAUGGUCAAGUAUCAUGGCCUUUAUGACUAGCUACUUCUGUGAAUCAUGAAAAGUUAAUUUUAUACCUCUGAAAAGCUGGAGAAUUUCAUUGGUCUUGGAAUUCACACCACUAGAGACCUUCUCUUGAUAUAACGUGUAUUUUUUUAAUAAAAUAUCUCAUGGAAAAGCUUGUUGUAUAUACAGUAUUUGGCAUAAAAAUAUUUUAAAAGACUUGAACAAAAGUUUAGUAAUAAGAUGACAGGUUUUGUGUCUGCCUCAUAUCCUCCUUUGUAUGAUCUUGCAGUAUCAAGCACCAUUGUCCACCCACUUUUCUUUGUACUUUAUAAGCACAAGAAAUGUUGCUGGGAAAUAGAAUUUCAAGUUGAUUCUGUAAUAACCAAACCCUUACUGAAAAAGCUGAUGGCAAUCUUACUGAAAAAUUUCCUAAAGAGCUUUGUUAUGAGACAUGAUAUGAUUAUUUGACUUGGUUCUACAGUGUUUGACAGUUCUUCAAAGGCUGGAUGUAUGGCUGUCUGGAGGGAGUGAUCUGUGUGUUUGGAACCGAAAAUUAGAUCUCUUGUGUAAGACAAGUCAUCUUAUUGAUGCAGGUAAAAAUGUAAAUGACUCAUUAUAGCAGCUAAAGUUAAGUAAAAUGGAUCUAUAUAAUGACACGAAAUCAAAUUGGCAAAGUCCCUUUAAUUCUAAAGAUAACAUAUAUUGAAGCUGACCUCUAUUUUUAAAAUGUCAGUGUAAUCAUUUUUGAAUUAAGAGCACUUGGAGCCUCAUGUGUCCUAUGAAUUGUAGAAUAUGUCAAACUUCAGUAACUGUAUGUUAACUUAACUUAACUGAGCUGGGUCAGUAUAUAUAAAUCACUAAAUGAAUAUAUAUUCCUUUAGAAAUUAAAUUAGGUUCUUCCAGUGCCAUCUACUGUAGGCAUUAGAUAAAUGCUGUAAUAUUCCACCCAACCCUAUAAGCAAAAUACAGAAAUGUAACUGGAAUAUAAUAAAGUAACGUGAUGCUUAUAAUAAUGUAGGAAUGUGCUGCAAAAUGUUUUUGGUUUGCAGGUGUACAAAGGUGUUCUAAAAGUUCGCACACCAUAAUCUGCUCUGUAGUUUUCAAUGAGGACAGACUUGCUGAAUUGCAUGUUCUAAAAACAGAGGAAAAAGGCUUUUAUGAAAAUAUAAGGGAGAUUUGUAUAGCUUAUCCCCUCCCUCAAUUUUUUCUUAGGAAGAACUUUAUGGAAAUUCAUGAUUUGAAUAACCUUCCUGUAAGAAAGUUAGAUAGUAUUUUAUAAUUUUGUGAAAUAAUUAUAAUAGAUUGAGUGUGCAUUCACUUUUUACUUGUAAUAAAAUAUCUUGCUGUCUACCCCCUCCCCCCAUCUUCUUAAUAAAGAUAUCAGUGCUAUGAUAGAAUUGCCUAAAAAUUGUGUGGCAGCAGCAGUUGGCAAAGAACUGAGUGAGUAUUGCUAUAUACUGUAUAAUAAAUAUUUGAAUGUUGUUAUUAGCUGUGUGUUCUGUAUGUUUUAAAAUGUGGAGGAACAUGCAUUGUGUCUACCGGGGUUAAGAUUCAAGCACCUGUGCACUAAUUCCACUUAAUCCUGGAGCCUUUGUGUUUGUAUUACUGUCCCUUGAUAUAAUGCUGUUGUAUAUUUUAAUGAUUUCAUGCAAUGGUUGAAAUUAAGGAGGGCAAUCAAUAUUUAUUUGGUAUGUUGGUACAGCAGUACAUUGCACAUGGAAAGCAGCAGUCCUUGAGGGAGCUGCAACAAGAAGAGUAGGUUUUUUAAAAAAUAUAUAUAUUUAUUUCAUUUUCUUAAUAUACAAAACCAAAUAAAAUAUUGAGAUCUUAAAGUCUUCAACAGAUAGUUUUUGUAAAUACAUACCAUGCCAACAGCUUUGGUCUUAGAUUUCCAAACACUUGUCUCUUAACUAUCUAUCCUGUAAUACCCCCUUCGUGUUUGAAAGGACUUAAAUCUUGCAGGAGCAAGCAAAGUACCACCUGCCCCAUUAGUCAGGUGACCAGUGCUUUCAGAAGUAACAGGGCUACUUAUCUGUUCAGCACACAAGGAUCUCCGUAUCAGAAUUGUAGUCGCCUCUGCUUGUAGAGAAAUAAUUCUUUCUGAAGAAAACUGAGGCUGUGAGUGCUGAUGGAAGUGGAGCCAAAUUGGCAGGACCACAGAGAACCCAGAAACAUUAUCAUGCUCAGGGGAACCCUAAAGUUGGCAGUAGUCUUUUGUUUUUUAAAUCCACAAGUCCUCCCAAAACAACAUAAAGAGUGUGCUCUUUGUGCUGCUUUGGGAGGACUUGUGUGUUUAAAUUUUAUAUUAUUUUAAUUAAAAAAAACCUACUGUCAACUUUAGGGUUCCCCUGAGCUUGAUAAAUAGCCACUGCAUGCUCAAUAGCCACAAAAUGUUGAGUGUCCUUAGAAAAGAAAAAUAGAAAAAGAGGUGUGUGGGCAAGAGAGUAUUCUGGAGGAGAAUGUGCCAUCCUGCCUGGAACUCUGAAAAGUAACAUUCCUGUUAGGUGAGGCUACACUGCAACAUUUUGUUGCAGGUCCUAAUUAUAUGUAUUCUCAUAAAUGCCAAGCUGUUGCCUGCCUUUCUCUUUGAAGUCAUUCUUAGACUGAAAGCUUCCAGAGAUGGAACUGAAUGGGAUGUCAUCGAAGUGAAGCGCCUUCUUGACCAUGAGGACAAUAUUGUAUCGUUGGUCAGUGUCAGUGGUAAGACUGUUACUAAUUUAAUUGCUAGUAACUCAUGACACAUUUUUAAAUUACAAAGUUUCUUAUGUUGCUUCCCAAAUGUAACUAAAUGUUUAUCUGAAGUUUUUAUUAUUUGAGAUGCAGCUGAGUUGAUUUGUGUUAAACCUUUUUCUUUUUUCAAACAUCUCUGCACAAUAGAUUUGCCUGUACCUAAAUCAACAUGAAGUUGCUUGUCUGUUUAUUGAGAUAGCAAUCAAAAGACAGUUAAGCUUAACUGAUUUCAAUUAACUUACAUGUACAGUGACUUCUUUUUUUAUUUGGAAUGAAACGCAUAAUGUUUUUAUGGGUCUUAAAAUAAGUGUGUGGUUAUAUUUUGGUCACAUCCUACUUCUGGACAAGGGUGCAAGGCUCUUCCCUGCCCAUUUUAUCCUUGAAAUAAGCAUGAGGUGGGUUUGGCUGAGAGAUGGUGACUGGCUCAAGGUCACUCAGUAAGCUGCAUGGCUGAGUAAGGAUUAGAACCUGGGUCUCAUCAGUUCUAAUCUAACCGCUAUACCAUAUUGGCUCUCCUAGUGUUAAAGUCUUUACAGUACAAUUAAUAAUCUUAAUCCAGAAGAGUCAGUUUAAAUGUGAAAGCAGUGUCUUGUGUUUAGCUUCAUCUCCAGUGUGAAACAUUGCUGUGGAAUCAACAACAUUCACCAUACUUAUCCAGGGUAUAUAUGAGAUGUCCCUGCAAAACUGUAAUUAUUCUGAUAUUCUCAGGGUGGGGGUGCAGGGCUGGUGGAUUAAAAACAAAACAAAAAACACUUCUGGACUCAGAGUUGUCUUUUUUCCCCUCUCCCCCCAUCAGCUCUCUGCAGUGCAAAAGUGAGUGUGCAGCCUUCUGCUGCGCUUGAAUUUUGUGCAAUUGCUUGUUAGACAUGAUAAGAGUAGUUUUACUAUUUUUGUUUAGAUUGUAUUUUUCUCUUUAAUUUUUAUUGCAUUUCUUAUUUUAUGUACAAAGGGUGCUUCCACGUUUGGCUUUCUCCUCCAGCUACCGGCUAGAGUUUUACUUAGGCUUGCAAAUAGUUGUCCCAUGUGGCCAAUGAAAUUUACCGGUACCUCCAGGUGACCAGGCAUUACAGCCACUAAUGUCUAUUGUAGGUUUGUGUAGGUGGGAAAGCAGGCUGGUAAACAUUUUGGUAGUCUAGUAACCUUGGCUGGCUUUGUUGCUAAAGUCUGUCAGAGUCCUGUUCUCCCGAGUCAGUUGGAAAUGGGCCAGGCAGAGCCCGAUUUGCAUUGACUUUGCUUGUUAUCUGAUUAGCUUGUGAGCCUCUGUGUAAAUAGGUGUUUAUUUAUGCAAACUCUAAUAUUUUUGGUGCCUAGAUCUGACUUUUGCAACAGGCUCUCAUGUUGGUGAGCUGAUAGUCUGGGAUGCAUUGGACUGGACCAUGCAUGCAUAUGAACGCAGAUGGGAUGCUUCUCUUCACGUUGACCCACAACAAGAAAUAAAAUUAUCGCACAGUCAAAAUGAAGUUUCAAUUCAACAUUUAGCUUCUGAUGAGGAGGUGAACGUUUUAAACAGUAUUAAAAAAAUGAGACUUACAAUUGUUUUUCUGUGUCUGGUUAAAAAAAUGCUGAUUUAAUAUGUACUUAUGCUUUAUUUAUUUUCACAUCCCAACAAGAAAUGCAGAUUGAGAGUCCUGAGCGAAAGGUUAAUUUUAGAACUUGUUUUAGCUUUGUAAAUUUCAGUGAACUCCUACAGGCUCAAUCCAAUGAAACUACUCCUGUGAGAAUCCCAUUAAAUGAUUGCAGAAUUUCAGUCAUUUCAGACUUGAAAUGGAGUGUGUUUUGGGGUUUGGGCACUGAAUAGAAUAGGACAAGGAACACAGCAUGGCUGCCAGAUUUGCAAUGCGUGCUGUAUUCUUCACAAAAAUAAUGUGCAUUUUCAUUAAGUUAGCAAUUAUUAGAUUAGUAGAAAUCAAGUAGAUAUCUUCUUUUGGAUGCAAUUUUAUCAAAUGGCAUUUCUGAGCAUGGUCAAUUUUUGCUUGUUGUUCUUCUUAGCCCCACAGCGCCAAAAUCAGAAGUGAGAGAUGCUGUCAAAGACCUAUAUCUGGUCUUUGUGCUGUGGUGUUCACCCUUAACUCCAAUCUUAAUCCUUAGUGCUUAGCCUAGAAAUAAGAGAUCUCUGCACCUGAUAGCAUACGACAUCAGCUGACUGAUGGGUGGGUGUGGUUUGCCCAAAGUGGCCCAGCAGGCCUAAUUAGGAUUGUGGGAUUCCCUACCCAUGUUAGCAGCUGGGACGAUACAGCAAUGUUUUGUUGCAGGUUUACUAACUUACUUUAGAGCACAUUGUGUUAGGCAUUUUUUAAUGCUUGUAGGUUGUGGUUCUGCCAUAAAAGCAAUAACAUAAAAUAUACACAUUAUACUGUCAUAAAACGCAAAGGAACACAGUGGCCCUGUUCAAAUGAUUAAAUCUCAUCUUAAAAAGCUGAGAUAUGAGCAAGCAUAAUGUACCCAUGGCAGCCACUUUGCUGCUCCCUUGUUUGAGCAGGGAAACAAGCCAGGAAGCCUCACUUAACUACCAUUUUUGUUUAACUGCGUUUAGCUUUUUAUUUGAAUGGUUAUGUUUUUAUGUUUUUAUUGGUUUUAAUAUGUCACUUUGAGUAACGCAAUAAGAAAAGCAACUAACAAAUACAGAAUAAUAAUAAUAAUAAUAAUAAUAAUAAUAAUAAUAAUAAUUUAAUCACAGUUUCCUGAUAAUUUCCAAAUGGUGAAACUGUGGUUAAUGGCUGCCAAACAAGUCGUAAUACAAAGUUAUAGUUUAACAUUGGCUUUUAAUUUCCUUUCUUACUUGAAAGCCAUAAAUCAUAGCUACUGGUUCAGUUGUAAUGGCAAGCUAUGGCUAAAUAUACUUCUAUCCUGGUUUGUUUUCCUGCUUGCACAAAGGGAGGAAGAAAGUGGUCAUGUGUGGCUUCUUCAUAUCUCAGCUUAUUAAGCUGAGAUUUCUUUGACCAAAUGCACCCAGUCAGUAGUAAAUCUGUUAAAUUGUAGUCAGCAGCAGGGGGCUAGAAAGAAACUGAACACAUAGGCCAGCAAAGGUCUGGCAGAACAAGGUUUUUACAAACCUAUGGGCCUUGAAAAGGGUUGUGGAUGGAAAUAGCUGUCUGUGCUUUAUAGUUUAUUAGAUGCCACCGACAGCAAUAGGAUUGUAGUAUUUAUAUGAAUUGAGGCAUAAUGCAAAAACUAUUUUAGUAAUAGUGGUAAUUACAGUUUAAGGAGCUACGCACCUCUUGCCUUCUGAGCUAUUUGGUUUAGAUUGAAAGGUAACAGUGUCACAGUCCUCCUGGAAAUCCAUUACACAACGUAAUAUGUCUGCCUUGUUAAGAUGUUCUAUUGAAUUUUCUUUCCAGUGUGUGUUCACUGCUGUUGGAAAGGGCAUAUACGUGUAUAACCUUCAAAUGAAGCGUGUGAUUGCCUUCCAGAAGACUGCUCAUGACUCCACUGUCCUGCACAUUACAAAAGUUCCAAACAGGUGCAAGUUACACUAAAUUUUUCAUACGCUGGAAAUGUAAGCACCAGAAAGAUGAAGAGGGCCACACUUGAUGUUUGUUCAUUUCACCCAACCCCCCAACCUUUCAUUAUAAAAUAUUUGAGCAACCAUUGACCUGUUAUAUUUUGCUUCCCUGGCUGCAUGAUAAUCCUGGUCUUUAGCCUGAAUUGCUCACUUAUUUAUUUUUAAAUUGCAGUACUGAAAUUCUGAUGUACAAUUAACAAAAAGAAACCCAUUCAUGUUCAUUAAACACAUUAUUGCUAACAUUGGAUGUCAUGCUGCAGGUGGUGCCACAACAAUGCCGUAGAAUGGAGGUUGGGAGGCGGAGGUGGGAGGAAUUUUAGGGUUGCACAGGGCACUGCUGAGAUUUGAGAGCCCAGACUCCACCACUGACCAAAGAUCUCUCCCAGCAGCAGCACGUAGUUAUUAAAUAGCACCAGGACAAGAGCGGUCUUUGUGGCAAUGGAUUUACUCCACACUCAAGACAGGCAAUAUCUCCUGCCUGCCUUCUUUGACAGGGACUGCCAGAAUCACCUCUGUUGUUGAUGUUAGUUGAAUCUGGGCUGAUGUUCAGCAAGGUAUCCUUCAGAAAGCAGGCCCACUGGGAACAUUAAUUCUAAACAUUAGGUCACAAUUAGAGUCUUUGUUUUGUGAAAUUCUGCUAAAGACGCUCCAGUAAUAUGAUGGUUCUGCAUGGCACUCCAGUAAUAAGUAAGUCACAUUUGGUUUACAGGCAAAUAAUCUCCUGUUCAGAAGAUGGCAGUGUUCGCAUAUGGGAAUUACGAGAAAAACAGCAGCUUACAGCUGAACCCGUUCCUUCAGGUCUGUAUCCAGAAUGAGGAUUGUUUACACAAUAUCUGAGAUAGAAGGAAUAUGCUGGUGAAUGCCAGUAGAGUGACCAGGGCUGCACAAAAUUAAAAUGUUAUUUUGUCACUCUGCUAAAUUUGUUUGUGUGAAAGUUGCUCAGAAAGCAAGAGAGACAUUUUAAUGUGAAUGUAUAUGUAGCCAUUUCUACACAGCUGUUCUCAUAUAGAAGCUUGUAAGAUAAUGACCAUUGAGUUGGCUGGAUAGAAGUAUAUUUAUGUUUGCCAAAGAUAUUUAGUUAGACAGCAUCCCAUUUUAUAUGCCUUGGUUAGCUUAAGGGCCAUCAUUUGACAGCCACUAGCUUGUGGUAACAAAACAUCCCAUGACCCUUCUGAUAAGUUCAUGGACCGCUUGGUUUGAAUGCCUGGAUUUUGGCAGGAAGCAAACAAAUGAAGAAGUAGAAACCUGAUGUAGUCUGCAGGAAACUCAUUUACUUCAACCAACUGUCUAUUUUCCAGGCUUUUUCAGUAUGUGGGGAUUCGGAAGGACAAGUAAACAAGCCAGUCAUGCAGCUAAAAAGCCACCAGAGAGCACCACUGUUUUCUCCUUGGAUCUCCUUGGGGAUUUGAUUGGGCACUCUUUAGCUGUUCAGGUUUGUUGGAAUUAUUGCUGCCAUUGUUCCUGUAACUAUAAGGGUUAUUUCUCUUAAACAGCUACAUAGGGACUAGAUUUCUUUGAGACUGUAUAAGGAGUCAGAGCUUCUUCCCUAAUUGGAUCUUGAGACAUGCAAGUACAGUAGUCUGUGAAAAUUGAAGUCUCAGCCUAGAAGGCAUUCAUUGUGUUCUUUUUGUGUUCUAUUAUGACACAAACCAGGGAAGAAAACUCUUACCUUAACUCUCAGGUGCCUCAUCCUUUGAGUGGUAUGUCAGUUACAGUUCUAAUAAACUAGAGGAACUAGAAAUAGCAAACUACUUCGUUCAACAUUGUCCUUACUACAUAUGAAAAUACUUCCUGUGCUACUCUCUGCAUGCUUACCCAGAAGUAGGUCCCACUAAAUUCCAUGAGACUUAUCCCUAGGUAAGUGUGUAUAGAACUGCAGCUAUAAUCAUGUUAUUUGUUCUGUUUGCACCAGUAUUUUGGCAUGUAAAAUAGAUCAUGCAACUUGCUCAACAUGCCCCAAAGUUGGGCUUGUUCAUAAAAACUGUUUUCUUAUUGAGGUAACCUUCAGCAGCAGGCAUAAUGUUCUUCUGUGUGUUUUUUUAAAGAGUUUAAAACUGCUAGGUGUGCCUGUGCCCUUGAACAUUCCUAAAAUAGUUCAUUGGGUCCUGGUUUUUACUCUCACUUCUUAAAUCUGUUUUAGGAGCACAGAAUUGGCUCCAUACUUCCUGCUGCUCUAGUUCUGUUUGGCUUAUUUUAUGAUUAUAUCUUUUGAUGUCUCCCAGAUACUUGAGCCUAACCAGGUUGGCUUUUAUGUUCUUGAGGCGUUACCAUUUUGGGCAAGUGUGUUAAUUUAUUGACUUUAUUUUGUGAAUGUUGAUAAAAAAAGUCAUAGUUGAGUAUAUUGUAUUGAUUAUACAGUUUUUGUUGCAGAUGUUCCUGUACUUCAGUGAACAUGGCCUGGCAACAUGCUCUGCUGAUCACCUUGUUAUUUUGUGGAAAGAUGGAGAACGAGAGUCGAGAUUGCGCAGCUUACUGUUAUUUCAUAAGUUAGAACACAGUGAAGAUUUGCAGCUUAGGAUCUAAAAGGACGUAAAUAUAUGGGAUAAAGGUAUGGAAUAUGAAUAAUAGAAAUAAGCUAUUUAAAGUCUUAAGUAUUUUUUAAAAAAACUUUUGUGUAUUUUUUGUCUGGAACCUUUUUAAAAAACACUUUAAUCAGCAUUGAGGAACUAUUAACCCACAAGACUGCCAAGUUUUCCUCUAUGACACUGCCAAAGACGGUGGACUGUGAGGUGUAGAAAGAGCUUACCUUACCCUCAUUGAAACCAUUCCUUUAUAUCAACAGCUAACUUACAUAGCAUCUUGUAGGAUUGAACUAAAGUGGACUGAUAACUUUGGGAGAGGCCCCUCUUACCAGUGGAUUCUGAAAGGGUUGUCUAAAACAUUAGGGACAGUUUGUCAAAUGUAAGUUGACUCAUGUAUUAACAGAAAACAUGCAGUCAAUAGGGGCAUGCCCAAACAAAAAGGUACUAAAACUGCUCUGAGGGAGGCAUUGAAUGAGAUGAGCUUCUUUGAUAAUGUAGUCUUACACUGGUGCAUUUUGUCUAUUUGUAAGUUAUAUACUUUGAACCCCAGGAUUUUUGUUGCAUAUGUUUCAAUUACUGUGUAUUCUGAUGAUGUUGACAAAAUUGGAUUGAAUGAGAGCAUGAAGAGAAGGCACACACAUUUAACUGUAACAGAACUGGAGCUAAGGCUAUGUGAAUAAAAAUGAAUUAAAAUUUAAUCAGAUAUAGGCUUUGCUAUUAGUACAUAAUGGAACUUAUGAAUACUGCAGUGAACACACCAUUCUUUAAACAACACAAUGUAGCAUUGUAAUACAUAGCAACGGAAGUUAGGUGCUGUUAGAGUUCUAACAAAAAUAUAGCUUCUAUACAUUUCUCUGCAUGGAAAGUAUAUGAAUGUUUUACAGUAUUUUACAUAACUUGAUACAAAACAUUGAAAAAAUGUUGGCACAUUAUGUAAGCUACAAUCAUUUUUCAUCAGUAGUAACACUAUUGUUUACUUCACCUGGUUUUCCUCCUUGGACUCAGCACAAAAAUAUGGAGAUGGCCAAAGUUUUUUUCCUUUUGGGAGGGCAGUGUAAUACUUUAUAUCAGAUCAUAUGCAUUUCAGCAUUAGAAGAGUCCCUUGUAAUGUGCAGCGUUAAGUAAUAGUUGACUAAUUUGAAGGACUUUGUGUCACUGAUAGCCAAUUUGAUGAUUUUCUAAGUCAGUACAAGAACUAACUACUGGUCAAAAACUAUAAAUCAUAUUCUUUCUUUUGAUAAGAUUUUAUUAAGGCUUUUCAUACUACAGUACAAAAACAGAAAAAGAGGAGGGGAAAUGUGAAUUCCUCUCUCAAAGGUAGAUCUCAAUCCUUGUCUCACACAGAAAGAGGUGGCUCCUCCCAGCUCUCACCUGAAAGCUUCCUGAUCUUCUGCCACCCUGGGAGAUCUUCCCUGCCUCUCACAUAGGGACUUUCACCUGCCAUCCUCCACCUUCAUUUGCAUAUAAUCCCCUCACUGACCCAGACUAGAGGACAUAAAAAAAACCAAACGAAGCAGGAGCAAAGCAGAAAAGGAAAAUAAAAAGUUACAGAAAGAUAAAAAUAAUAAAUGAAAAGAGAGAAAAUGAUAAGGAAAGAGAAAUAAAUAAAAAGAGCUUCCCAUUCUCCGUCUGUCAGUUGUAUAUUUAAAAUUUAUUCAAAGUGUUCACUCCAGGGGGGUAUCCUGAAACUUGAAAUUAUUUUCCAUAGUACUCUGGAAAAUAGCACAACUCACUAGGAUUCACUCCUACAGGAGCCCUAGUGAAAUGAAUGGUAGGUUGCUAAGAAUGCAACUUCCAUCCAUUUCUAUGGGGCUUGCCCAAGAGGACCUCCCUAUCCGUAACUUAAAAAUGAAUCUUAUUAGGUCUAUAUUACAUUUUAUUUUUUUUAAGAUACAUCAUUCUUAACUGCAGCUCUUGAAGCAGCUUACAUCAAAUAGCAAUACAACCUGAACCUUGUGUUUUUGUUCUGUUCUUAACAUUAAAGAUUAUAUUUAGCGUAUACAUUGUCUUGGGUCCUUGAUAUUAAGGUCACUGUCUUAAGAGUAAUUACUAUGGCUGCAAUCCAGGACACUAUAAAGGCACAGGGGCUUUCCUGUCCUCUAUGAGGGAAAUACAAUGUAUGAGCAGCCAUUUCCCUUCUCAUAGAAAGAUAAUAGGAUGCCUCUGUACAAGUGUAGAUUCUGGAGACCUUUUUGAAUAUGGCUUGAGGGUGUGCAUAUCUAUCUAAGCAGGGUUUCUUUUCCUUAUGGCUCAUGUAAAUAAGCAUCUGUCACACUCUGCUCCCCAUUCUAGCAGGCAGAUAUAAAACUGGAACGGUACAACAUCACAAAGCAUGAUUGUGCUAUUGAAGCAACAGAUGCAACAAGUGCCAGUCCCUGACUUUAGUUGCUUGUAUGGACUUUCACAAUAUGGCUCACUGUCACCUGUUUAGAAGGCAGAGAAGAGAACAGAUUGGCUCAAAUUUAUGGGCUUCAUUACUGCCUACUAAAAUUUUAUACAAAAUUGGUUUAAUAAGUAAAGCAGCUCCCAGGCCUCCUUGUGUAUCUAGAAACCACAGUGUGUAGAGUCCCCACAUUACUGUGCAACUUUAGUAAUGGAGCUACUUCUGUGGCUGCAUUCCUAUUGUGCAUGCAAAUGGCCUCCUAACAUUUAAGUCCGCAGGAAAGCCAGCUUAAGGAGGGAAGCAGUAUGCACAGACAGGUUUAGAUCACAGAAAUUGUACCAUAUACAAAAGAGAACAAAGUUGAUAGUUGAUUAACUAACUUUGCUAUUAAAAUAAUUAUUUUUCUCUAAGAAAGGACAGUUGAAUUUGCUGUUUACCCCCUCAAAUUUCUUUCUCCAAUCGCUUUUUGUUUUGUUUUUGUUUUGUUCUUGGGUUACGUUUCACAUAAAGGAUAUUUGCUGUAAACCAGGCUCCCCCAAAAUGCUUAUGUCUAUCAAAUGUUAUUGAUAGUUAUUCCAGAGAAGCUAGCUUUUGGUAGAAUUCUGCCCUCUCACAUGGAGUUCAUGUGUAUAAUUGAUCCUGGCCUGCAAACAGCUUACACCAAUCAUAUAAUUUGACAAAUUAUAACAAUUUGUUUUAUAUAAAAUUACAUUUAAAAGGAUCCAUUGUGCCACAAAAAGAGAAUAGCUCUAUAAAGCAUAUAUUGGUUUCUCGAUUAUCAUUUUUAUAUAUAAAAAAACAAAGUUGUGUAGAAUUUAGAACAAUUUAAAAUUGAGAAACAAUAGUCUUCUCCAUGCUGCCCUGUUGGUUACUUCAUUGUGAAGGAAAUUUCCCCCUCUUGGGUUCAUACCAGUAAGUGGUUCACAGUGUGAGUGGUAGGCUAUGAUGUUCCAUAUCCUCCCUUCAGCUUCCGUUAUUGUUCUCUGAAGGAAGCCGGAGGCUCCUACACUUUAGCUCAUCUAGUGUUUUCCAGUGUUUGUAGUUAUUUGCCAAGUGUUGCAUCAGAUCAGGUAGGUGUGCAAAUGCUGAGAGAGGAAGAGAAAAGAAAUGCUUUACUGUCAAAGCCCAGCAACAACUGAAAAAACAUAGUGUCAACUUGAGGGAAGUGUUCUCACAGUGAAUAGUCUUCAGCCUUUGUACUGAAUUAUUUAGUCAACUGCUGGUACAAAACAAAGAAUAGUAUAUACAAAAAAUGAUACCUAGUUUUAUUAGUGGCUAACUUUCUCCAAAAGCACAAGUGGGAUCUGCAACAAAAUGCUGCAGCAUGGAAUAUUCUCCUGUUCAGGGUGCCAGUCAACCAGGCAUGCUGUUUUUCAGGUUACUCAGCAUACACACACCCCUCAAGUUUCCAUUCCUGCAUUGUCAUCUGCAGCAGCUGAGCAUGCUCAGUUUUUAUUGGGCUGUUUCCCCAAUCCUGCUGAUGGCUUGUGAGUUGACAGUGUCAUUUUGGCUACAUAAUUAGAUCAUUAGUUAGGAAACUGGAAAAUAAAAUUGUGCUCUGUGCUAAAACAGUUGCUGUAGAAUAUAGUUUCUAUUUAUUUCAGAACAGCAACUAUUUAAAAAUUAUUGAAAAAUAAUCCAAAGCAAUUUUGUAGUCCUUACUGAGCUGCCGUAAAACAUAGUAAUCCCUAAAAUCAGUACAUUAGGGGAGGCCCUUUUUCACCUGCAUUCACCAUUAAAAGUACACAUUCACCAGCGGUGUGCAAUUUCCAAGCACCCCAGCCCGAGAGGUUGUGCUAUCUGCACUAGCACAGAUUUCCCAUGGUACUGGGUAACCCAGAACUUAGGCUUAUUCUGUGAUGCACAGUCCCUGGCCAUAUGGAUUUAGACUUUUAUAUCCUACCACCUUUGGGGUGAAACAGUAAGAAAUUUGUUCUUCCACAGAGAAAAAAGAAAAUGCAACUUCUCACCAUCCCAAGCAUCAAACAUGUCCAUUAUGAAGUAAUCAAUGAAGGAUAUCUGAGACUUGGGGAUGCUACAGGUGUUUCGAUCGAAAACUGGCAUAACAACUGGCAGACCCUGUCUCUUUUCUUCAUCCGUCUGUAGAAAACAAAAUAAUUGAAGUCAAUUUGUGCAGCCAAAGCAAAGAUUACACAAUUUUUUGGGGGGUGUAUGUGUGUAUAUCAUAUAUGAUCUUAACAGUACAGAGCAAUAGCUCAGGAAAACAAACCCUACUUGCAGUUGCAAUUAAAAAUAUUCUACCUGGAGCAGGAGCACAGAACUGCUAUCCCCAAAAUUAUGAGAGAAAAAAAUCCAUGGGACCUGAAGAUUAGUUUUUGCUUCAAACUAUCCCAGAAGAUGAACAGGCAUUUUGCACAUCAUGGGCACAUGUAUGUAGAAAAGGAGGGUACAAAUUGAAAUAAUCAAUAAUAUCUCUUAAGUCCAAUUUAGGAUUUUGCUGCUGCUGUUCCCAUACAGGAAAAUGAGCCAGAGAAAAAGAAUGAACACUCAGCCUCAAGUGCUAAAACCAGUUGGACAGGGCAAGGUGAGCAGAUGCAGUUCCAGAAUGGUUUGCUUCAAAGGUGGCUGAUUGAACCACUGGACUAGGAAAUAGCUGUACACCAGGAAGCAGCUAUGAUGUUGUAGAGGCAUGGAGAACUUCAUUCUCACUCAAAAAUAUUUCCAUCCUAUUGCAUCAGUGCAGCCUUCUCCAGGCUAUAAACUCUCAUGUAAACUGCUUAGAAAUGAUAAUGAUUAAGUGGUAUAUAAAUGCCUUCAAUAAAAAAUAAGUAAAGUGUCAAUUCACAAA